GAUUGAUCAGGUGAGCCUAAGUAACCCUGAAGCUCCUCCCACUCGUCUGUUCUCUCAGGAUGGCAGAUGCAAUCACAAGAACCUGUGACGUGUUUUGGAUUCCGUUUAAAAGCGACUGUGAGGAGCUGCUGGGCCGCUUCCAGCAGACCGAGUCGGUGCGAUAUGAAGAUUUUGUGGCCAUAUGGAGAGUUAUGGAUUUCUCCAGUGUGUUUUAUGGAAUGACCACAAACCAUGAGAAAAGACCCUUCAGUCGUCUUGCCUUUGCCACAGUGUACGAGUACUUCUUGCCUCCGUACAGCUUUCAGAUCCGAGUGGGGGCACUGUACAUGUUCUACGGCCUUUACUUCACACAGUCUGUCAGGCCAAAGGAAAAGAUCCGGAUUGCACUGAAGGACUGGAUGUAUAUAGAGAACUUUAUCUCCGAUGCUGUCACCUGUCAACACCUGGAUGCUGUCUAUGUGUACAGGAAGCUUGUUUCUGAGAAGGCUUUUUUUUAUACCGCCAUGCCCUGUCAGCUCACAUUCGAUGCAAAGCACCGUUUUAAGAACAAGAAAGUCAAUGAGUUGUUCCAGGACCUGCCAGACAGAGUGACCGAGCUGGUUAACGCAGGUACACUGGAGGAAAUUACAAAUGUGCAGGCUCAUUAUGAGCGGAUUAAGCAGGCUCUCCAUGUGUCCGCCUCGGUCAGUGUGACACCAGUCAACCUGACUGCGCAGCUUAAGGAAUGCGCAGUUAAGUUUCAGCAGUGGAAGGAAAAUAAGAAGGAACUGAAGCGUACAAAUUCUGGCACAAAAGCAACGGAAAGCACUCCGCCGUUAGAGUGCUCCAAGAGGGCAGAUCAACUAGCUACAAUAAAGUCAAAGUCUUAUGGGCAUCUAGCAAAGGCUUCCAAAUCGCGACGACACAGACAGGUGGAAAUGGACACCUCGGAAUCUGGGACAGACAACGCACAAGAGAUUUUGUUUCCGCACCAAAUGAGGCCGCUCUCUCUCAGGGCGAGGACCUGGCGAAACCUGGGCAAAAUAGGGUCUGAAGAAGAAAAAUAUCAAACCUGGCUUCUAAGCACAAUGGAGGAAGACAGAGGAGCCAUGAAGAAAUCCCAACCGAAGAUUAAAUUUAAGUGGUGAAAUGUGGCAUGUUGUGGGAGUGGAUUUGUUUCUCUCACUCAGUAGUUUUUUUGUUUGUUUGUUUGUUUUUUUUUUUUCCUAAUAGGUUUCUGUUGGUAAAUGUAAUUCAGGAACAGAAAUGGAGUAGAUUUAAUUGGAUUUUUGUACAGACUGUAUUUGCAGGAACUAAACUUCAAUGUUUUUUUGUCUUAAGUGUU